GGGUGUAGAUGCUACAAAACAUUAGAUUUGUAGGCUAUGUGUGCUACAAUGUGUUGUUUAUUUAAUGAUUUGAUCAAGUAGAGUAAUAUAAGGUAAUAUGUGUGUAAAUGUGUGUGUGCAUGGAUGUAUUUUGUGUUUGAUUUUAGUUCAACUAUGACAGCAUUAUCAUCCAUUUAAAGCUACAAAAAAGUUCGAUUCAGUUUAGACUCUGUGAAUCGGUUCGACCGGCUUAUUGAAAAGUUUUGAUUCAAAAGAACCGACUCCAGGACUCGAACAGCGCUGUGUUUACGGGCUUUCGAGAAGUUGCUCACCGUCCAGCGUUUUCUGCGGACUCGGGCGGUUCGGCUGUGAAAUGCGGGCCGGUUUCGGCUUUUAGUUGAGCUGCAGAGCGUGAAGGAGAAGGCCGAGCGCGUGUGUGAGGUUUGUGAAGGGAAUGAACAUUAGCAGAGAGCAGUGACAGAGUGACAGAGAGUGAGAUUAAGAGUGAUAUAGAGAGUAAUAGAGCUGAAGCAGAGCCAUGUACCGCUCCCUGUACGCCUUCAAAUCCGCAGAGGCGAACUCUCUGCGCUUCUCCGCCGGGGAGAGCUUCCUGAUCCUGGAGCGCAGUAACCAGCACUGGUGGCUCGGGUCCCGCUGCAGCUCCGGAGAGACCGGCUACAUCCCCGCAUCCUACAUCGAGAAGAUCCAGGCUCCAGAGCAGGAUGAGGUCCUGCAGUCCAUUGAUAGAGCCAUUGAGGGGAUCCAUAACAUGGCGAUGAAAAAUGGAGGGAAAUAUAACCUGGAGCAGAGAGAAGUGCUGCAGAAGUUGAUCCACCACAGGAAGGAAACUCUCUCCCGCCGGAGUCCGACUCCGUCCAAUCACAAACAAGGAAUUCCUUCCUCCAGCAGCGAGCUCUCGCUAAGCCACACCCCCCAGCCGCCCAACGGCCUGAGCCGGGCCUUCAGCUGCCAGGGUAGCGAGCCGAUCGCCGAUAGCACUGAGAAUGUGCCAGGACUGUAUCAGGUUCCCCCACAGCCUCGCAGAGCCGCUCCCAUAACCCCCCCUCCUCCAGAGAAACGCAGAGAGACCCGACGCCCAGAACCUGAUGUGCCAGUCAGAGUGAGCCCCUCUGGCCCCGCCCACAGCCCUGAUCAGCCUGCCGCUGUUGCACCUUCGCCCUCCCUAAGCUCCGCCUCAUCACAGUCUGGCUCCACCCACUCUGUCAUUUCCUCCGAUGUCAGUCUUCCCAGUGCGGGCAGCACUCCGCCUCCUGUGCCAAGCCGCGCUAAAGCCCCGCCUCCUCCUCCACCUGACCCCUCCCCAUCCCUCCUUGCCCAGCCGGCGCCCUCUAAAAAAGGCCCCGCCCCUCAACCCCAGCCUCAGCCAAUCACGUCACAGCCAGUCAUGCCAGAGCCGGCCCCAGAAGACCAAUCAGAGGCCGAGUGGCCCUCGGCCCCGCCCCCUAUUUCUGUCAGCCCCACCGACAGCCCCACCCACAGUUCAGCAUCCAUUUCCAUGACGACAGGGGCAGAGCUGAUCGAGCUGGUGAGGAAGAACACGGGCCUUAGUUACGAGAUGUCGCGCGUUGCUGUGGGUGUGGUCGUCGGGCAUCUACAGACCACCAUCCCUAACGCGGCGGCUGACCUGGAGCAAGUCCUGCUGUCAUUGGUCGAGAGCAAGGACCUGAGCGCGGCGCUGCCACGGGGACAGGUGUGUCACGAUGAGCAGCGGCUGGAGGUGAUUUUUGGUGAUUUGGCUCGUCACCGUGACGACUCACAGCAGCGCAGCUGGGCUCUGUAUGAGGAUCAUGCACUCAUAUCCUGCUACCUGGAGGAACUGCUGCAGAUACUGACGGACGCUGACCCUGAGGUGUGUAAGAGGAUGUGCAGAGCCAAUCAGUCAGAACCUGUACUGUCUCUGGUUUCAUACUACCAGAUGGAGCACAGGGUGUCUCUGCGUCUGCUGCUGCUGAAGGUGUUUGGAGCGAUGUGCGGUCUGGACGCCUCCCUCAUCUCCACGCUGCUCAACUCCAUCCUGCCGAUGGAGCUGGCCAGAGACCUGCAGACCGACACGCAGGAGCAUCAGAAGAUGUGUUACACAGCCCUGGUUCUGGCCAUGAUCUUCUGUAUGGGGGAGCAGGUGCCCUACCGCCAUUACGAUCAUUUGAACUCCAGUUUUAUCCAGUUCCUGCUGGACGUUAUUGAGGAUGGUCUUCCCUCAGACCCCACAGAACAGCUCCCUGACCUCUUCAUCAACCUGCUACUGGCCUUCAACUUGCACCUCACAGUGCCGGACAGUAACACGGUGAUGCAGACCCUGAUAAAGAGACACAAUGUGAAGACGCUGACUGAGAAGAUCCUGCUGCUGCUCAACAGAGGAGAGGACCCUGUGUGCAUUUUUAAACACGCCCCCCCUGCUCCACACUCCGUACUAAAGUUCCUGCAGGACGUGUUUGCCAGCCGUGACUCUGCGGACAUUUUCUAUCACACUGAUAUGAUGGUGAUGAUCGACAUUGCUGUACGACAGAUAUCGGAUCUGUCUCCAGGAGAUAAGCUGAGGAUGGAGUAUCUCUCACUGAUGCACGCUAUCAUGCGUUCCACCGACUACAUGCAGCACCAGCACCGUCUGCCCGACCUGCAGGCCGCACUGCAGAGGAUUCUGGGAGAGGAGGAUGACCCCGGAGAGGACGAAAGCUCGGCCACGGCCCGGCAGAUGGACAAACUCAUAGUUCAGCAGAUUUAUAAAGAGUUCCCUCAGAUCAGCAGGAACUGAGCGGUUUGGUCCCAAACGGCUGGUGGAGCACGCUCCAGCGAGUGCCCUUAGAAAGAGGGAACAAGGGCACACUGCACAGAGCCCUUAACAUAGACUGAAAAAAAAGCAGUGAGCACCAGACGUUUCAGGAGAUCGUCGCUGUCCAGAGAAAACAAGUAUCUCCAAAAUAGCAAAAACCUGCUUCGCUUUUAAUGUAAGUUAAUGUAAAAAGAUAAUAUUCGAAUAUAUUUCGGAGCGUUUCUAUUGGUCCGUUCAUCAUUAAAUAUGCAUAGCUGCUGUGUUCAGAUGAUGUAGAACAAUGAAAAUCGAAAAAAAUGAACAAUGUUUUUUUUUGGACAGCGACGAAGUUUUAUGUUCGUAGUUCUGCAUGGUACUCUACGAAACGUUCCUAAAGCGUAAAUGUAAAAAAUGUAGUAACUACUUUUACGCUCUGUUCCAGUUGUAUAGUAAACACUAAUAAUAAUGAGGAUAAUAAUAAAUAUCAAUUAGUUAUUAUAGUCUUGUGUAAAAUUUGUGCGUUCCCAAACAAAUUACAUAUUUUCUUCAGUUUCUAAGUAAAAAUAAGUGAACCUCUACAGGGAACUUGGAAUUUUUCUGCAAAUUUUAGUGCAUGCUUUCUACUUAUGAGUUCAACAUAUUGGGGGAAAAAAAUUAACUGUAAUUGUGUAUCAAAACGUGCAGACGUGUGUCUCCAUAGAGGAUGUGUUCAUUUAUUUAUACUUAGAAAAUCAACAACUACAUGGAAUUUGACCAGAGGCACACAAACUUGCAUACAACUGCAAACCUCGUAUCUCAAAAUGGUAAUUUUACAGGAGAAGGAAAAAUCA